CUUUUCCUCCUUUAUAAACCCCCUAACUUCUUCCCUCAUUUCGUUCCAAAAUCAACCCAAAAAAUACACUCUUCUCUUUUUUCUCUCUUUUCCUUUAUUUCUCUUCUUCUCCAAAACUCAAACAAACAAAAAACAAAAACUCUUUCUUAUUUCAUGGCAAUAGAAUCAAAUAAUAAUAGCCAAAUAAUAGCCAAAAAAGUAUGGAGUAUUUUGCGCAUAAUGUUAAUGAUGGUAAAAAAAGGCAUUUGUAAGAGCAAGUUAAUAAUGGACUUUAACUUGAUCUUUAAAAGAGGUAAUGAGUUAGCUAGUAAAGCUAUAAAUGGUCUUAUUAUCCACCACAAUUCUCUUAUUUGUAGGCCCAACAACUCUAACAACCACUUCAUUUCUCCUAAGGAGUAUGAGUUUAGUUGUAGUAAUAGCCCAGAGUUGGGCCCAUUUCAAGUCAUGAUGGCCCACCACCACAAGCGGGCUAAGCCCAAGCACAACUCUCGAGCCCGACACAAUUACCAACUUGAGGACCCUACUACUGUGGCUGCGGUCCAACAUGUCCUUGAAAUCCUUAAUGUUAACGAGGGGCCUAUUACAGCGGCCUCCCCGUUAGGACAAUAUUCCUUGCCCGGGUUUGGAUAUGGGAAAAGUCCCUCGGUUAGACAGUUGAGGAUAACGGAUUCUCCUUUUCCGUUAAAAGAUGGGAAAGGGAAUAAGGAAGAAGAGGAGGAGGACGUUAAGGUUAAUAAAGCGGCUGAUGAGUUUAUUAAAAAGUUUUAUAAGAAUUUGAUGAUGCAAAAAUCUGUGGAAUCACCUUAUCAUAAAUUUGCUCAUUGAUGUCUUAUAUAUCAAUUUUGAUCCAUUAUGUGAUGAUUUAAGGUUGGAAUCAUAGUGAUGAUUCAUUGAAGAUUAUAUCAUCAUAUGCUAAAUUGGAUUUUGUAAAGGGUAAAAAAGGAAGGAAACUAAAAGAUCUUAAGAUCUACUAUAAUCCAAUAUAGUACAUGUUGUUGUUGCAAUAAUAUGAUUUGGAAAGGGGGUGGUUGGUUGCUAUUCUUGUUAAGAAAUAUGAAGAGACAAGGGACAUGGAAAAAUUGACAUGUACUUUAGUUUUGGCCAUAGCUGUUUUUUUUUUAUUUUUUCUAAAGUAUUUAUUUGUUGGGUGGGGUAAAUAAAACCUUUACUUUUUCUUUCUUUUAAAUUGCAUAGUUGCAAGGUUAAGAAUAAAGAUGAAUUUGGUGGA